GUAUCUUCCAAAUCGUUUCAUAUUCGUGUUUACUGGAAUAAUGUUUUCAUAUAUAUAUAUAUAUAUAUACACUAGUGCUACUAGUACGUAUCUUGCCAAAUCUCAAUCGACCUCAUAAGUCAUAAUGAUAAUAUAAAGAGUUCAUCCAUGAUCCAUCCCCUUGCUGUUUCUCUCUCAACUGCUUCACACUGUUGCUCUCUUCCCUCUCUGCACCUGCAACCACCACCACAACCAUAUACCAGUACCAUCGAGGAGGUUGCCUUCUCUUCCGGUCGGAAGCUUGCUUUCCUUUUCUUCUUCUUCUUUUCAGAUCCAAGGUUAAUUUCAGCCGACACACACAGGAAUUGAACCUGUGCUCUUCCCAGGUUUCUGUCUGUCUGCAAAGUUGGCCGCUUUCUGCAGAUUCAUUUCCUUUGCCACGUUUUCUGCUGCAAAAGUUGGAUCUUUGCAAGGGGGACUGGCUGAUUUCAUUUGAGGUUUCUGAAUAAGUUGGGGAGCUUGAUUUGGAGAGGGUUACUUUUUUGGGGGUGAUGUUUCGAUUUGCAAAUCAGAACAAGAUUACUUAAGUGCUGCUAAGCUCAAUUGGAAGUGGAAGAUCUUGGUCACGCGGCAUCAGGUGAAAGUUUGGUCGCUGUGCAUUUUUCACAAGGGAUGUCUUUCCGCAGCAUAGUCCGUGAUGUUAGGGACAGCUUCGGGAGCUUAUCAAGACGGAGUUUCGAGGUGAGAAUUUCAGGCCUCCCUGGUCUUUCUGGCCAUCACAGAGGGAAGUCCCUUGGAUCUUUGAGCGAGCUGCGUGACAGACCUGUAGUAGUAGAUCAAAGCAGAUGGGUUGGUCUUCCUCCUGAAUUACUCCGUGAUGUGAUGAAAAGACUGGAGGAAGGAGAGAGCAAUUGGCCGUCCCGCAAAGAUGUUGUUGCCUGUGCAGCAGUCUGCCGAACAUGGAGAGAGAUAUGUAAGGAUAUAGUGCAAAGCCCGGAAAUCUGUGGAAAGCUCACUUUUCCUGUGUCUCUAAAACAGCCUGGGCCUCGAGAUGGUUUAAUCCAGUGUUUUAUCAAAAGGGACAAAUCAAAAUUAACUUAUUAUCUCUACCUGUGUCUUAGCCCUGCUGUGCUCAGCGAGAAUGGAAAAUUCCUUCUUGCAGCUAAGAGGAAUCGUCGGGCAACUUCUACGGAAUACAUAAUUUCUGUGGAUUCUAAAAACAUCUCACGGUCAAGUAAUGGUUAUGUUGGAAAAAUGAGGUCAAAUUUUCUUGGCACCAAAUUCGUUGUCUACGAUACACAGCCCCCGUACAAUGCUGGGAGCCUCAUGUCAUGUCAGCAUGGCAGCCGGCGAAUCUCUUCUAGGAGGGUUUCCCCAAAGUUACCCACCGGUAGCUACCCAAUUGCUCAUGUGAAAUAUGAGUUGAACGUUCUUGGCACUAGGGGGCCGAGGCGUAUGCAAUGCACCAUGCAUUCGAUCCCAGCCUCAGCAGUUGAUCCUGAAGGUGUGGUGCCUGGUCAGCCAGAGCAGCUUCUCCCAGGUCCAUUCGAGGAGUCGUUUCGCAGCACAAACACCUCCUCCAGGUUCUCUUUCAUGGACAGAUCUCUGGACUUCAGCAGCUCCCGCUUCUCGGAAAUCAGUGGAUCAGCGAACCAACAGGGCGAGGAUGAUAUACCUGAGGCUAAGGAGAGGCCUUUGGUUCUACGAAACAAAGUGCCAAGAUGGCAUGAGCAGCUGCAAUGUUGGUGCCUCAACUUCCGUGGCCGGGUAACUGUGGCUUCUGUCAAGAAUUUCCAGCUGAUAGCUGCUGCGUCCUCUGAAUCUUCACAGUUGGAGCAGCAGCAGCAGCAGCAGCAGCAAAACCAUGCUUCGAGUUCUUCUUCGGCAUCCGAUCAUGGCAAGGUGAUCCUGCAGUUUGGUAAGGUUGGCAAGGACAUGUUCACCAUGGACUACCGGUACCCUCUCUCAGCAUUCCAGGCUUUCGCCAUCUGUUUGACCAGCUUCGACACCAAGCUGGCUUGUGAAUAACAUACAUCAGUACUAUAAGUGUGUUUGUAUAGCGUGUCAGUGUGUGUGGAUAGUAUAAACAUCAGUCAGUCUCGUUGUGUGCAGAUGCAGGUGCAGUUUGUUGUUGCUGUUGAUUUAGUUGUCUGUUCUUCUUGUGUGGCAGAUGUGAACAAAGAAUGGCAACACAUCUCAAGUGCAGUUGUUUGCUGCUACUACAUUUAUAUCAUGUAAGUAUUUGGAGGUUGGAAGUGGAACAACCCCAGGCUCCUCUAGUUUCUCGAGAGGGUAUGCAUCUUACUUGCGAAUGUGAUUUAUCUACUCGGUCUAUAUAUCUUGGUAUCCUUUAGGAUCAUAGCUGCUAUAUGAGAGAAGCUACACUGCUACAGCCUGCAUAUGUGCUUGAAGGAGCCACUUGGAAAGGAGGCAAUAUCAGUUGAUCGAUUCAUAGGCAUGCAGAUUAUGUACAAUUAACACUUAACAGUAAUGAAGCACCAUUCCUGCAAUCUUGGAAACAAAUCCUAGAUGAAAAAAAAAAGAAACCUUCAUAAACUGCUUAACGGGAGAUCGUUACAGGAAGAACCCUAUGAUAUGACUGACUAAUCAACAGCCCACUCAAAAUCCCAGGAAGAGAUGGCAACACUCAACAUACGUCAAAUGACAUCCGGAUUCCAUUUGUACACCUGAUGAAUAACAAGUUGUUGGUUGUCAGCAAUCCAUGAAAACAACUUCACUUUUCACAGCCACAUUCAUGUAUUUGUCAACAAAGUACAUCAGGAUGUUGUUUCUUCUCAGGAGAUGAAGGGAGUGCAGCAUUGCCAGUUGGCAAGAUCUCCAGAUCUCUAACCUCACUAGAACUCUCAAUCUUAGUUCUUGUAAUUGGGAUCUCAUUGUCUAAACCAGGUGAGCAGUCAGCUCUGCGAUAUUUCACGCCAUUGCUUUCAACUCCCAACUCUUCGUCACCCAGUUCAUCUGACCGACGUUGUGAGGUCUUAAGGAUGUCGAGGCCCAUCUCAAGAUCAUCCUCGACUUUGGCUCGUGGACGGUGGGGUGUCUCCUCUUCUGCUACAUUGGAACGGCUGAUUCGUGGUGGUGCUACCCCAUGGUCCUCUUGAACAAUUGCUCUCAGGUUGAUCCUUGAAGGCGCUCUUUUGGUGCAGAAGAAUUCAGAACAGUUGUUCAUGCAACCACGGUCAAACACGUUGGGUUGGUUGUUGUAUUUGUACUUGAGGUUCUCAUAUGUUGUCUUCAAAAAAGGAAGUGGAAAUUCAAUUCAGAUCAUAGUUUUCAA